AUGACUUCGAUCCCCGCGGCCAACUGGAGCGGCGCCGAGCCCGGCGGCGGCGGCGGCAACUGGAGCGAGGGCUUCUCGCCGCCCGCCGGCAACUUCUCGCCGCCCGCCGCCAACUUCUCCAACCAGUUCGUGCAGCCGCCGUGGUGCAUCGCGCUCUGGUCCUUGGCGUACGGCGUGGUGGUGGCCGUGGCCGUCUUCGGCAACGUGGUGGUGAUCUGGAUCAUCCUGGCCCACAAGCGCAUGAGGACGGUGACCAACUACUUCCUGGUCAACUUGGCCUUCUCCGACGCCUCGGUGGCCGCCUUCAACACGCUGGUCAAUUUCAUCUACGCGCUGCACGGCGACUGGUACUUCGGCGAGGCCUACUGCCGCUUCCAGAACUUCUUCCCCAUCACCGCCGUCUUCGCCAGCAUCUACUCCAUGACCGUCAUUGCCGUGGACAGAUAUAUGGCCAUCAUUGACCCUCUGAAGCCCCGGCUGUCUGCCACUGCUACAAAAGUGGUGAUUGCGAGCAUCUGGAUCCUGGCCUUCCUCCUGGCCUUUCCUCAGUGUCUUUUUUCCAAGACUAAAGUGAUGCCUGGAAGAACUCUGUGCUAUGUUUUCUGGCCGGGUGGCAUGAAGCAGCGUUUUACGUAUCACAUCAUUGUGAUCAUCCUGGUCUAUUGCUUUCCAUUGCUUGUCAUGGGGAUCACUUAUACAAUCGUUGGAAUUACCCUUUGGGGUGGAGAAAUCCCAGGUGAUACAUCUGACAAAUAUCAUGAGCAGCUGAAAGCAAAGAGGAAGGUGGUCAAAAUGAUGAUCGUCGUGGUGCUGACAUUUGCAGUCUGCUGGCUGCCGUACCACAUUUACUUUAUAGUGACUGGUAUCUAUGAGAAUUUGAACCGGUGGAAAUAUAUCCAACAAAUCUACCUGGCCACCUUUUGGCUUGCCAUGAGUUCAACCAUGUACAAUCCCAUUAUCUACUGCUGCCUCAAUAAAAGGUUCCGAGCAGGUUUCAAGAGAGCUUUCCAGUGGUGUCCUUUCAUUGAAGUUUCUAGUUAUGAUGAACUGGAGCUCAAGACGACCAGGUUCAAUCCAACCAGACAAAGUAGCUUAUACACAGUUUCCAGAAUGGAAUCCAGCAUGUCUGUAGUAUUUGACCCCAAUGAUGGAGAAAGCACCAAGGCCAACCGCAAGAAACGGGCUCCUUCACAGGAAGCCAGCUUCAAUGGCUGCUCACGCAGGAGCUCCAAAGCUACGUCAACUGUGUCAAGUUACGUCAACUCUCCAUAUACGUCAGUAGACGAGUACUCUUAG